AUGCCACGACGGGACAAAUGCGACAUCUGUCGGCUCCGGAAGGUGAAGUGCGACGCUGCACGUCCUGCUUGCCAGACGUGUAUCAGAGGAGGUCGGCCGUGCAGCUACAGUCCGUCGAGCGAAUCUCCUGAACAGGAUGAUGCGAGUUUAUCUGGCUUGCAACUCACAUCAACGCGCCGCGCCUCGUCAGGAGAAGGAGCCUUCCACGUCCUCACGCUCCGCAGAACUGUUCUCCCAUGCCGCGCCCUCACGAUCGCCCACCCUCCAUCUCCAUCCCGCUCUCUAGUCAGCAAAGCAGACUGUCUCGCCUCCCGAUGGACAUACAUGCUGGAAUUCGAGAAUCACGACGAAAGUGCCAUGGCGGGCUUCACCGAAACUUUUCACACAAUGCCGGCUUGGAUAGGGAAAGACGUCGUACUCGACGCAGCGGCGAAGUAUACCGUCGACUGUCAUCGGGCGUUCAUGAAGCAGGAUGAGAAUGCUCUCAACUUGGCCAAGAAGUCUGGUGCUGAGGCUAUGAGGGCGUUGAGGUUUGCGUUAGCGCAGUCGUCGACAGAUGCGACUGAUGAGAUGCUGGUUUCGAUGUAUGCUAUGACGAUGUCUGAGUAUAUGGGAGGCAUUGACAGCUACAACUACAAACUUCACGAAUUGGCUCUGUGUCAGAUCCUCAAGCAGCGUUGGACGUCUGGUCGAUGGGGUCUGCUUGAGCAACGGUUGUCACGAUCCAUCCAUUCAGAAUAG